CUUUCCGCAAGCUUUCCUUCAUAGUUUUACUUCGUUCAACACUCAAUUGCAGGGGCCCAGACCACAUUCACAUCUUCCCUAUGCAAAUCAAUCUACUCGUACAUCCUUUUGUUUAAGUUGAUAGUAGUUAAGAGGCAUCCGCUCUAUAUCUCCCACUGCAUCUAGCCGAGCCUUUGUUAUGUCGCUUGAGUGCAACACAUCGCUAGAUAUGCCCGAUCCGACUUCAGAAGAAAUCAAUGAAGAUGUAGGCAACUACCAGUCCACUGCUGCCGAUAUGGGUACCAUAUCAGUCGAUCCUAUGUAUCAAAAUUCUGCAAGAGCAGCUGAGGAAGACGUGAAGCGCUUGGAAUAUGAGAAGGAGACCCAAGGACGCAACAUUAUAUGCGACUCCGACAACGAGGAGCUGGAUAAGACCAUAGGCGAUUCUUUGAACCUCAGAGGGCAACAUCUUGAUUCCGAUAGCUCGACUGUUAAUUUGGCUCAGAAUUCCAAGAAAGACGAGCAGCAGAUCCAGUUAGAGGUUCCUGUUGGACAAACCGGGCCAGAUCAGUCAGAAUAUAUUAACUCCCCUGUACCGAACGCCACUACUCCUCACAAAGACCCUUCCCCUGAGCUCAUCUUGGUCUCUGCUCCAUUUUUGAAGUGCCCGCCGUUUUUUGAAGAGCCUACCAAGACGAACCUUACGUUUGAUCUACAAGAUACCGAGUCAAAAACCGAAAAAGAAGAACGGCUUUCUGUCAGCGGGGAUGUCUCUUCCGAUGUGGCUGUUGCGAGGAUUGAACUACUACACGGCCCAGUGUACGAAACCACCAAAAGCACAUUGGUAGCCUGUUCGCCAGAUGUGACCUGUUCAAAAGAACCAGUGCUGGAAACUGAGAAAGGAGAGUCCAUUAAAGAUAGAGUGCAGAACUCAGUAGAGGAGAGCCGGGCUGGCGGUCUACCUCCAAACGGCGUAACCGACACCAAGACCCUUUGCGGAGUGACAGAUGAGGCUCAGGAAGAAAGAAAUAAUAGCGUUGACCACGAAACUGUCAACAUUACAGCUGAUAGCACUUUGGAGGCGGAGGAGCAAAAUGAAAGCAGCGGGAAUAUGGAUAUCAUGGGCAGGACGCAGCUGGCCACAACCAUCGACGAAUCUUCUGAACAACGGCAGGAUCAUCUCAAUCUCGUAGAUCCAAAAUCCGAAAGCGAGAACAAUGCUCGAGAACUCAAUGUAUCUCCAACUGAUGAUAUCAGUGCCAAUAACGCUGCAGCGGAAGAUCAAUUAUCGGAAACAACGUCGAAGUUGAUUGAUACAGUCGAACCCGAUGACAAAGUACCUGAAUGUCCUCCUACGGAACCGUUAAUACUUGCUGACUACCCUAAGAUGUCGUUGGAGGAAAGGGUACUCUGUGAAACAGCUCAUGCGGCUGCGGACGAGGUCAAGAGACCGAGAGAACGCCAUCAGCCGGAUACAAGUGUUUUCCAUUCAUGCGUGGUCGAACAGAUCGAUGGACACCUCUCAGACUAUACUGCAAACUCUCCUCACCCAACAGAUCAAAAGGAAACUGACGGGAGAGAUAUACCCGUCACGGACAGUACUAGCACUCCUCAAGAGGCAGACAGAGAGGACAUCGAAGCAUCGGAGGAACAAUGGAGGAAACUUGGCGUCACUUUACUUUCCUCGAAUGCAUCUAAGAAUGUUGCAAAGGGGAAGAAGCCAGCAGACGUCAGCGAUGAUUUCGUCCAGGGAUCACCAGAGAGUGAAUCCCGGCCCAAGACUUGGAUGGAUUACAAUUAUCGAAUCCUGAGCCUGAAUGGUGGAUACAAUAAUACAGCCCCGUUUUGCAAAUAUUUCAACAAUGGAAAGGGCUGUUUCGCUGGAGACAAGUGUAGAUUCCCCCAUGUCAGUCCAGCGGAGGAAAGAAGACUUCUUAACCUGUAUCUGUACAAUCACCAACAACCCUCAAAGAACGUCCGAGGUGGGAAUAAACGGUCGCAAAUCAAACAUAAGGCUGGUAGUGAUAGGAAUGAGGAUGGUAAGCAUCUUGCAAAACAUGCACUGCAUGAAUCCAAAGAGAUUUCAGAGAGUUCAUCUGGACGAAGACCGAAACGUCACUGGUCGCAUUGGGAUGACAAGCUCUGACAGGACAUCUUUGGCUCAGUGUACUUUGCAUCUCCGUAGUGGAUCCAGAUCUGGUAAUGGCAGGCAAAAUUUGUGUAUAUAACAGCUGGUUGUUGUAAGUAAAUAACGAUUUCGAAUUGCAAGAACAUGGUUUGCAAGCUGGA